AUUUGGCACGGUUAUUUCUUUUCUUAUAUAUAAAUAGAAAUCUUAAUUCGUAUUAAUAUGAGCAUUAUCCAAAAUACAUGAUAAGAAACCCGGAGGAUUAGAAAACCAAACAUGCAAUUCAGACAAAGAACAAGCAACUUUAGCCAGAGCUUGAGCUGACUUGUUCGCUGAACGCUUAACAUGACAAAAGAAAUACGGGAAAAAUGUGUCGCCACGGCCGAGCUGCUCCUGCAACAAACAGCCCCCUAUCAUCUCUUAGGCACCAUCCCAGGCCACAGCCUAAUUCCCGCACAGCUGCAUCAAUGUUUAAUUUCAUCCGCCCCCGAGGCCGGUCUACUCUAGCAAGCCGCAGUUUGCUUCCGUCCCACGAGCUCCAUCUUCCGGCCAGUUUGGACUUGGAUCCACCCUCCCACCAUUGUAGCGGCUUUGCUCAUGAAAGUGGGUGCGGAUUGAGAGCUUCCCUGCCAAACACGUUGGUUUCUUUCACACCAAAUAGCCCAACAGCCCCAAAUUAAUUUUUCCAACACCUCUUUUCCAAUUAAUAGCUCUCCACGCCUCUGUAGCAAUUUCGCAGGAGAUGAACAAAUGGCUCAGAGAUUCAUCCGGUUUCCCACACAGUCCACACUCCCCAGAACAAGUCACUCUUCUUAAUUGAAGAUUGCCCUUGAUCGGCAAGCAACCAGUGCAAAGUUGCCAAAAGAAGUUUUUUAUUUAGGAGGAAGCUGCCAAUCCCACAUGACAGUCCAACCUAACCAGCCCUGUGGUGAACAAUCAUCAACCAACAUUCUAUAACAGCUCUUCACUGUGAAAAAAGAUCAUUACUCUCCCACCUCCAACAAAGUUUGUCCAGAAUCUCCCUUAAACUAACUGGAAUACUCCUGAUAAGAGAGAGAUCCCUGUCAUUAAACAAGUCCGCCAGUACAUCCUCAUCCCAUUCCCGGCCCGUGACAGCAAAUAUGUUAGCCACCGAAGCCUCCUGUAAUCCACUAACUUCAGCCAACAUAACCCUGAGGUUAGACGGGUCUGGUAACCAUGGAUCCUUCCAUAUACUAAUAGAAUUGCCAUCUCCAACUCGCCAAUAAAACUCAUUACGAAUAAUAUCCUGGGACUGGAAAAUACUUCACCAAAUAAAGGAAGGAUUAUGGCCAAUAGAGGCAUUUAAAAAAACUCCCUCUAGGAAAGUAUCGAGCCUUAAAGACUUUCCCUGCAAAGGAAUAAUGUGCUCUUAUUUUUUAAUGAGUAUUUAACAUUAAAU